UGCAAAGCAUGGAGGCAGCCAGUGUCUCAGCAUCUGAGAGCCUGGUGCUGUUUGUCUCUUAAGCUUGGGAUGUGGGGAGAGCCAGUGACCAUCAACAGGACCCACUCUUGAAGCUGCUCUUGGUCAGGGAUAGAUAUAUGCUGUCCUGCUAGCCUGCCAUGAAGUUCAGUACUGCUCUCCUGCUAUUUCUCUGCCUCUGCUUUUGGGGACUUACCUCUUCUGAACUGGGCAGCAGCUGCUACUCCUCCCCAUGUAAGAAUGGAGGGACCUGUGAGGAUGCAGAAGGGAGCUACAGAUGCCUCUGUCCUCAGAACCCUCUGGCCUAUGUGGGAUGGAACUGUGAGUUCCUGUAUGAGGCAUGUGGUGGACAUGCUUGUCCAUCUGAAUUGAUUUGCAGUGGAACUCCUGGACAGUUGAAUUACACCUGCCUCUGUAGGCCUGGCCAGAUAGGGCUUGGCUGUAAUUCUGAAGCUGACAUGUGUGAGACUAACACUUGUCCACAGCCUCACUUUGAGUGCAUCACAAUUAACAGUGGAUAUGGCUGCCAAUGCCGGAAUAGAGAAAGCUGCCAAAUCCAGUCCUCUCUUUGCUCCAGCAAUCCCUGCCACAACAAUGGUACCUGUACUGAGAGUGCUGGGCAGUAUAUCUGCAAAUGCCAACUUGGCCAUGUCGGGACCCACUGCGAGGAGGAUGUGGAUGAAUGUGCCUCCAGCCCAUGCCAGAAUGGUGCCAUCUGCCUGGAUAGAGUCAAUGAGUACAGCUGCUUCUGUGUGCCUGGCUUCCAGGGCCACCACUGUGAGAUAGAUAUCAAUGAAUGUGCCUCUCGGCCUUGCCAACAUAACAGCACCUGCCUCAACCAGAUGGACCACUAUGUUUGCCAGUGUCUGCCUGGCUACACAGGUAUGAACUGUGAUGUGGAAAUUGACGAAUGUAUAUCAGACCCUUGCUGGAAUGGUGGCACUUGCAAUGACCACAUUGGGCUCUUCACUUGCUCUUGUAUGCCUGGCUUUGAAGGGGUCCAGUGUGAAAUGGAUAUCAAUGAAUGCCAGAGCCAGCCUUGCCUCAAUGGAGGCAUGUGCCAUGACCUGGUCAACAGUUAUUUCUGCGAUUGCCACAACACUGGCUUUGAAGGGGAGCAUUGUGAGCUGGAUAUUUUGGAAUGCGCCUCCCAACCAUGCCAGAAUGGUGCAACCUGUCUUGAAGGAGUUGGACGCUACAGCUGUGAUUGCUGGUCAGGGUAUGUGGGGAAGCACUGUGAAGAAGAUGUGGAUGAGUGUACCAUGGAGCCCUGCUUCAAUGGUGGCCAGUGCUAUGAAAAAUCCAACCAAAGCUACUAUGGGGAACUUAUGGACUUUCCAGCUCAGUUCAGCUACCAAGAAGCUGCUGGAUUCAUCUGCAGAUGUCAGCCGGGCUUUGCUGGAGGUAUCUGCACCGUUAACAUUGAUGAAUGUGAAUCCCAACCGUGCCAGAAUGGAGGGAGCUGUAUGGAUCUGGUGAACAGCUAUAGGUGUCAAUGCGUGCCUGGUUACUCAGGUGUGGACUGUGCCAUAGAGAUCAAUGAAUGUGAAGAUCAUCCCUGUGAGAAUGGAGGUGCCUGUGAAGAUGGCAUUGCUGACUACAUCUGCCAUUGCAUCCCUGGUCAAGGUGGCAUCACUUGGGGUGGGAAGAACUGCUCUGUGGAGCUCACUGGAUGUCAGGCCCACCACUGCCAAAAUAAGGCCUUGUGUGUCCCUACCUACCAGUCUGAAACCCAUGGAUACCUGUGCCAGUGCCAGGCUGGUUUCUAUGGUCCCACAUGCUCCAUUUCAACAACCUUCUCCUUCUCCUCAAGCACCUAUCUCUUCAUUAGCUUGUCAGCAGACAACAGAAGCUCAAGUGACACCUCAAGGGGCGAUCUGUGUGCUGUGGCCCUCCGGUUUCGAACUACCCUUCCUGAUGCUAUCCUCAUUCACCGAGGUCACAAAGAAGAGCACCUAUUGCUGGAGCUCUCGGGUGGCCUUGUGCGUGUAACACUGAUGAUGCAGGAUGCUGUGUCCUCUCUCACCCUGGAGGCCCCACGGGUGGAUGACGGUUUCUGGCAUAAUGUUGAGGUCCGAUUGCAAGGCUCUCUUGAACUCAGGCUGUGGCAUGAAGAUUGUCAUGCAAGCAUCUGUUGGCAGAGCUGUCCACUUGCAGAGUCAUUCUCAAACUCCUUGCUGUUCUCCUCAGAAAUAUACAUUGGAGGAACUGACGUACAGUUAAUGACUAACUCUAUGCAGAGUUUCAUUGGUUGCCUGGAAGAUCUGUACAUUGAUUCUAAGGUUGUCUUACCGCAGGAGAUGAUUGGAACGCAAUCCUCUGGAGUCCAGCUGGGUUGCGAGAGGACAGAUUGGUGCCACACCCAGCCUUGUUCACAUGGUGGCCAGUGCAUUGACCUUUGGGCAGACUACUACUGUGACUGUUCUCGGCCUUAUGAAGGCCACACAUGCUCUUUUGAGUCUCCAACAGUAACUUUCGGACUAGAAAACUCUUUGAGCUUUGCUACCUUUGCAAUUAGCAACAGCCCAGGGGCCAAUUUUAAUCUUUCGUUUUUCAUCCGGACUUUGAAGCCCAUGGGUUUGGUGUUUCAUAUUAACAAUGGAACUGAAGCUCUCCUUGCAGUUUACCUGAUGGAUGGGCAGCUCCAGAUAGAGGCAUCAACUGCUGCUCCCAUCAGCAUCUCUGGACACCUGGCUGAUGGCAGGAGACAUUUUGUAAUGCUUUCCUUCCAUGAAGGUUUUGUUUAUGCCAGCCUUUUAAACAGAGGGGAACACCUGGGACCAUUGAAAGUCACUCCACUAGCAGCUGGGUCUGAGAUUCACGUAGGUGGAUUCCUGGAUGAAGACAGUAUUUCCCUCUGGGGAGGGUAUUUUAAAGGUUGUCUUCAGGAUAUCCGACUCAACCACCACCAGAUGCAGUUCUUUGGCCCUGAAGGUGACAGGCCAGAAGAACUUUUUGUGGAACAGAAGACUAAUGUUUUCCUGGGAUGUAUCUCAGAUGAUACUUGCAAGCCUGAGCCAUGUUUCAAUGGUGGUCACUGUACUGUCACCUGGAAUGACUUUAUCUGCAGCUGCACUGCUAACUUCACCGGGAAGAGCUGUGAGGAAAGAGUUUGGUGUGAAAGUGAGCCAUGCUCUCAAGCUACAACGUGUGUGGAUGUCCCUUCUGGCUAUGUCUGUCUGUCCAAUGCCACAUUUCAUGGGCACGAUGCAGUUGAAUUCACCACCAAUGCAACUAUAACAAGAGCUCUUCACAGCCUCCGCCUGGACUUUAGAACACGGGAUGAAGAUGCCGUCUUGCUGCGUGUUGUACAGGAGGUGGAUUCUCUCCUGGUGGCUGUCCAGAACUCCUCCCUGCUGGUAGAGAUCAGGAGUGGGAAUGGCAUUGAGGGAGUGAACUUUCUCAGUCAGAUGUCCAUCUCAGAUGGCUCUUGGCACAUGCUUGUAUUAUCUAUGGAAGAACCCUCUGCUCUUUCCUCAAGAUGGCACCUCUAUUUGGAUGGAUCUAUGAACACAACCCUACAGGGCCAUGCUGGGAGUCUGGACUUCGUUAAAAAUAAUGCAGUUAUCAUUCUAGCUGAAAAUUUCACUGGUUGUCUUGGACAUGCUGACAUUGGGGGUGUUUUUCUGCCUCUGGCUGCCCACAACUCAUACCCACAGCCAGAGCAGUUCCUGCAACUGGGCAAUAAGGCACCCCUUCUGGGCUGCAAGGGAGCGAACGUGUGUGCCUCUAGCCCGUGCCAUCAUGCAGGCUCCUGCCAGGAUCUGUUCAAUGCUUUCCGCUGUGUUUGCACUGCUGGGUGGGAGGGGUUGCUCUGCGAGGCCAAUAUUGAUGACUGCAACUCCAGUCCCUGUAUUCACGGGAAGUGUGUAGAUGAAGUGGCAGAUUUCCAAUGCGAGUGUGACAAGGGCUAUAUUGGGAAGCGCUGUCACAUCAAUGUUGAUGACUGCAUUCGACACCAAUGCCAGAAUGGAGGGACAUGUGUGGAUGGGGUCUACAGCUAUACCUGCACGUGUCCACCACAAUACACAGGUCCUCACUGCGAGUGGCCAUUCCCACCCGAGCACUGUGGCAAGAACUUCACCUGUCUGAAUGGUGGCACAUGUACAAGUGGGUCUUGGGGAGCCAACUGCACCUGCAAGCCUGGCUAUGCUGGCAGAAAGUGCCAGAUUAACAUCAAUGAAUGUGACCCCAAUCCCUGCCAGAAUGGGGGGACCUGCCAGGAUUCAAUAAACAGAUACCGAUGUGUGUGCAGCGCCAGCUACACCGGGGAGCGUUGUGAUGUUGAUCGACCAGCGUGGGCCCAAAUCAGCAGCUCCACAUUGGUGGGAGCGGUGGGAGCAGCAGGGGCUGCUGUUCUCAUCACCAUCUUUGGCAUAUCAGUCAUUGCCAUGAAGAAGAGGAGGGCAACCCAAGGGACCUACAGCCCAAGCCGCCAGGAGAAGGACGGCGCCAGAGUAGAGAUGUGGAUAACUGAUCGAAGCUGCCUGAUGGAAGGCGACUUGAUCUGAAAGAGUGCCAGUUAAUGGCGGAGGUGAAACAUUGCAGCCGACUGAAACGGCAGAGCGUCGUAGACACCCAUAAAACUAUGCGCAGAACCAGCUCGCGAAUCUCCCCUUGCUGCUCAAGCGGCAGGCAAAGAGAACUGACGUGCCUGUUGCUUCACUGGAGCUUCUGUGCUGUGAAAUGAAGGGGAGUCUUCCCAGCAGGGAAUACCACGUGAUCAGCUGCCAGGGAGAGGCUGAGCAACAGGCAGAAUGGCAGACAGCAAGGUUGUUCCCAGGCCUUGGGACAGUACAAACCUUGCCUUUGCCAUUAAACAGCAGAGGGGGUGACAGAAGAGGGCUGGAUGACUACAACAGCGAGCACUUUCAUGCCAGAGAUACUCCACAGCUUCACCGUCCGCAAGGUUCUUCCUACUGAAAGAAUGGGAUCGCCAGGCGUCUCUCUAUUCUUGCCCCUUUCAGGGGAUAUACUACCAGAACUCAAGUAGCACCAGCCCCUCCUUUUUGGACUGCAACUGGCUGCCAAAGAGCAUGGGUUCAAAGGAAGGAUAGCUCAAAGUGCCUUGCCCAGCCAAACAAACUACCUGGGACUGUAGCGGCUGAUGGCAUAAUGGGGCUUUAGUUUGAGCUUCUAGAAACCCGAGGCCCUGGUGGCAAAAUUCUCCCUACUGAGCACACCAGGUACUGCUUUGCAUACAUAUUUGCAGGAAUAGUUUCCAGCCGCCUCGUACCGCUCUUGCUAUUUUGUUUCUCAAUUUCUAUAAGCAGCCAAUACUGUCGGUUCUCUAUUCUCCGUCAUAUGAGUGAAUUUCAUUACCGGGGCUUUGAAGUUAAAGAAGUUAUUUUCAAAGAAGCUAAAUCAUCUAGGUACAUGAACAGCUGUGAUUAGUGGCCUGACCUACAGCUCAAAAACUAGGAGGCAGAGAGAGAUUCUUCAUUUGUGAGUCUGUGAAACUACACGAGACCAAAAUCGAGUGUCUGACAUGGCUUGGAGGAACAUUUCUCAGCACUCUCUCCCUCCUACAUGGAAGGAAGUUGGCAUUCAGCAGUACAGACAAGGUCUACUAACAUGUCCCAAAAAGGUAGUGAUGCAAUUAGCAUAUGGCGGUGGGGGAUACAAAGCAGGGAGACCUGCAUAUCGAUGAGGCAGUUUGUGUAGGUUAGGCAACGACCCCCAUCCCACACAAAAAUUUCCCAGCUUGGCUUUUCCCUCCCAUGUGCUAGCCAUGGUGGAAAAGAACAGUGGGUGGGCACCGAGCUAUGCGGUCACACCCCUUCCCUCACGAAAGCCCGUUUGCCACCCUCUGUUGUGAGUCUGCUCUGCUUCCAGGGCCAUGUGCUGGAGUUGACAUGAGCGCCUGCUUGACUGCGGUCUAAAAUCAUUAGCAUUUCUGUGCGAUUAUUACCAAUACCAGUGAGAAAUAUUUUACUACACAGCGUCUGCGCCAAAAUACAAACCCUUGCUUAAUAAGGAGAGGUGUGAAUUCCCGCAAACUGCCGCAGGGAGGGAAAUCCAGCCUGCUUCGCUGCUGCUCAGAAGCACAAUGAUCGAAGAGUGGCUAUUAAUAUUUUGGAAAUUCUAAAGAAGCCAAAGGAAACUCAUCCUGUAGUCAGCUGGGCUGCUGCCCACACACGUUUGUGGGCUCCCCCAGCAGCUGAAGUUGUAUGAGCCGUAAAGCCUUGCCAGGUGAGGGCUGAGAGAGAAAACAGCCAGAUACUGAUGGGACGAAGCCAGGGAUGAUUUCCCUGUUCUCCACGCUCCUGUUAUUUAUUUAGUUAAGUUAAAUUCAGAUAAGUUCUCGCCCACUCCGUUUUCUGUUAUUCUCUGCAGUCAUAACAUUACAGCAAAAAUUUUAAAAAAUUUAAAAAAUCUACAUCCAGAUUUGUAUUGUCAAAGGCUUUCACGGCUGGAAUCAGCGGAGUGUUGUGGGAUUUCCGGGCUGUAUGACCAUGUUCUAGUAGCAUUUUCUCCUGAUGCUGCACCUGCACAGAUGCAGGCAAAAUGUCAGGAGAAAAUGCUACUGGAACACGGCCAUACAGCCUGGAAAUCCCACAACGCUCCUAUGCCCAGAUUGCUAACCUGCUGGGAUCCUUCAGAUGGAUUAGUUCAGGGCCAUUUUUGUCCGCCAUACUUGAAAAUCCCCAGAGGGAAAAGCGACAAGAUGUGGUCAGCAAGUUUUAAAUCCCAGUGGCAACAACUGAUGGACCACACAAAUCAUUCAACUCUGCCUACAGAUUCCAAGCCCCGAGGACCCAACUUUUCUAGCAGUUGCCUGCAUCUCUUCAGGGAGGGCUGCCUGGCACAUUGAGAACCAUGCUUCACCUAACAGAGCUGAAACCUAUUUGUGCCCUUCCUACAAGUUUACCAGUGUUUUUGAUGUGGCCAUGAGCCUGGGGAAGAUAAUAUCUUACCGUCACCUGGCUCAGCCUGCAUUUGCAAAAGUGGUGUUGGAAGAGGCAGCUGGCCACCAUGUUGUGUCAAAGCAGUGCCCCAUUCGGCUAGUCACCAUUUCAAAUGAGACUGAUUUCGCUUUACCACACCAUAUCAAAAUGAGUAUAUGGGAAAACCACGCCUCCUGAGUCCACUCUGCUUAGAUUAGGGGUGGCCAACCUAGGAUGCUCCAGGUGUUCAUGGACUACAAUUCCCAUCAGCCCCUACCAGCCUGGCCAAUUGGCCAUGGUGGCAGGGGCUGAUGGGAACUGUAGUCCAUGACC